UGCUGCAAUGGCUUCCUGUUUACCCUGUCGAGUAGCUUUCUGAAGAUGAAACAUAUUUUAGCGUGUUUAAUAGCCGCUGUUUUUACAGUAGGUCGGUGUCCGGGCUGACAGAGAGCCGAGCCGUCAGCAUGCUGCUGUCCCAGCUGCCGGAGGACGUCCUCUACCAUGUCUGGUCUUAUUUGGACUACAAAUCUCUCAGUCGCCUCUCUCAAGUUUGUAAAAGUAUCUACCACUUUGUGAACCGGGACGCUGUGUGGAGGAAGAUUGCCAAAGAGUUUUUAAACACAGGAAUCACUCGGAACGGGACGGACAUAUAUCCUUCCAUCCCACUGAAGGAGAGAGUGAAGAUAGCUCAAAACUGGUAUGAUGGGGUCUGCAGAAGGGCAGUUCCUCUCAAAUGGAAAACAAAACUGUUGCCGUGGUUGCAGCUGGACAGGGACACACUGUUUCUGUCUCAGGCUGCUGAUAUUGGAGCGUACCAUCUGCACCAAGACUCCAGGAGGCUCCAGCGUAACCCAUAUGAGAUCUACUCGGGCCACAAGGGCGAUGUGUGUCGCUUUGUUCUGACGGACUCUCACCUCAUCAGUGGUGGAAGUGACGGCAAGAUCCUGGUUCACAGCCGGAGGACUGACGAGUCACUGGAGUUAUCAGGUCAUAACCAGGAAGUCAACUGCCUGGACUCCAAGGGCGGACUCAUCAUCAGUGGAUCCAGAGACCGAACAGCCCGGAUUUGGACUUUGACGUCCAGCUGCCCCAGAGACACCAUCCCCAUGUAUGACAGAGUGUGGUCUGUUGCCAUCAGUCCCACAUUGAGAUCCUUUGUAACGGGCACUGCAUGCUGUGAGAACUUCUCCCCUCUUCGUGUCUGGGAUGUUGAACGGUCAGAGUGUGUGUGCAGUCUAGGCUUGGAGUUUCGUCGCGGGGCUGGUGUGUUGGACAUGGUGUUUGAGUCUCCGUUCCAGCUCUUCACCUGCGGCUAUGAUACCUUCAUCCGACUGUGGGACCUCCGACUCAGCCCACGGAAGUGUGUGAUGGAGUGGGAGGAGCCUCAUGACAGCGCUCUUUACUGCAUCCAGACAGACGGAAAUCACAUGAUAGCCAGCGGUUCGUCGUACUAUGGUGUGGUCCGACUCUGGGACAAGCGGCAGACUGAGUGCCUGCAGUUCUUCCAGCUGAGCUCUCACCCAGUGAGCAGCCCCGUGUACUGCCUGAGGUUCAGCAACUCUCACCUGUACGCAGCCCUCGCCACCUGCCUGCACUCACUGGACUUCAGACACAGCCCCAACCACAUCAGAUGACAUGCGCACAAACACACACACACACACACACACACACACACACACACACACAGACACACACACACAAAACACUGUUCAAUAAAGCUGUCUAUUUUCACAAAAACACUUUGAAUGGAGCUGCUUAUUCUGAUGCAGCAAUUCUCUGCACUGCUUUUGGUUUUGGAAGAACUGAGCAUUUCUACUUGCCUGAUAUCAGACAGAACUGGCAACUUGUUUCACUUUGUUUCAAUUUUCAGUCUAACAUAACAUUUACUCCGCUGACUUCCUUGAGAGAAGAUUCGAUUUUCCCUACCCAAUCACUAAAGACAAUCUUUCUUUGUAUUCUGAAUGUUGGAGUCAUGGUGGUUUUAUAGUUGUAAAAAAGUUGAAAAAAGCUAUUUAAAUAUCUGUAACAUCAUCACAAUGCAAAGUCUAUGAGCUGAUUGGGAACUUGCUGGCAGGCCUGGAAACACUACUGUGCACAGUCAAUAGUCACAUACCACAGACAUAAAACUGGAAGCUAGAAAACUUUUUCGGCAUAUGUGCCAGGGGAGAAACUCCCUUGGAAUGAAUUAACAAGGGCCAUUUUUGGUUCGCUGUCUGGUUAUUCCAAAGGGGCUGCUCACUUGGUCUUGGCCUACUUGGCUAAAUCACAUCAUACAUGCAAACACACCCUUAAUUUCCAUAGUCCAAGCUUGUAACGCAGGCUUUCUGUUCUAAAGUAGUGUCAAAGCUCGUGCUUAAAUAUCCUAAUGACAUCACUAUAACAUCUUCAGAGUUUUUAUCAGACUUUAGAAAGUGGCCCUUUAAAGACUUCUAUGAUAGUAAGGUAAGCAAAGUACUUUUUGCACACAAUGAUUUAAAGAUUCUAAGAGUUCAGGUAAAAAUAAAUACCUUUUUUUAUCAAAAAGGCUCUUUUUCCCAGCAAAUAUUUGGACUUGACCUAGUAUGAAAAGCAUAGAUGUUCCUAAUGACAUUGUGAGAAUGUGUGAUUAUGUUUGAAUGUGACUCUGUGAUCUUACCAAAGUUAAAAAAAAAAACAUUAAAAAAAACAUUAGUCAGCUUUCAAACACAUCUGUUUGCAUCAUACAAAUAUUAGUGUGAUUUGAAUUGUCUGGAGUGAUGAUGGUAGCUGUGGGCAGAGAAAAACUGUAACUCCCUGUGAAGAGAGAUGAACACAGUGAAAGUGAGCCGGACACAACUCGUGUGUUGGACAUGAAGCAUGCUGGUGCCUGCCAGGAAACGGUUAAUCCGUUAGCUCGAGGCACUGUGAGCAGAAAUUCUCAACACAUAAAAAUCAUGUGCGCACACUGUCUGUUGAGCCAGUCAGUAAGUCCCAGAGAGGAAAACACAGCUCGACCUUUCCUCUCCAACACUCUGGAUCCAGCCGAAGCUUUUGAAGGGAUUUAGGCACAUUAGCCUCUUGACAAACUUGUCCCAUCACUGUGGAAACACACUGUUUGGGUUUACAUAUAUUUGACCCCUGCACCUGAGAUCACACAGAAGGGGAUUAGAGUGUUUGACCACCCAAAUCCACUCUGUAACAAUAUGAGGAUCCAUUUGAUGGACAGAGAUCAAAUCUACAUCAUCACAUCAUCACACAUCUGGAUUAUCCAACCACACAUACAGUGCACCUGGUGGCUCACACACAGGAAUACAACAGCUGGACUCCUUUGUGUGUGUGUGUGUGUGUGUGUGCACGCACGCAUGUACGUGUGUGUGGUAACCUAAAGGAGUCAGUGAAAAAGGAUGAGGGCUCAAACUGCUGAAUAAAUUUAUACUGAAGAAAAUUUUAAACACAACAUUUUUUCUCCUAUUUUUUACAGGUUUAAGUUAAAGAUGUGAGACUUGUUCAUUCACUCAAUAAAUACAUUUCCGUCAAA